CUUUGCGUUUGCAGUUUUAACCGUUAGUUGGUUGCUACAGGCGAUCGGUGUGGAAAUAUUUAUUUCAUUUACGUUUUAUGUUGAAUGGUGUAGAUAUAACUUGUAUGCAAUUUUAUAUGCGUCUUAAAGUAGGCUAUAAAAAGUGUUUUUCCACAAACCCCACCCACACCCGUUUCUUCCUGCUUUUAUGAAGGGAAUGACGAGCCUGGACACGCAGAUGUUUAGUGUGCGUCAGUGAAAUCAGUUCAAUGUCUGAAAGGAUAAUGAAAAGAAGAUCAGCUCAUGACUGAAGGAAGGCCAUAAUAUCAACAUGGCCACCAGAGAAAGCAGAGCUGUGGUUCACGGUUCUGCUCUCAGGAGAAGACGGAGCAAAGAAAUAGAGACACCCAACCUUGCAGAGCGCGUGAAGCUGAAUCUGGUUGUGUGCGGGAGCGAUGGGAGAUUGAAAUCCUCCGUAUCGGAGCAGAUCCUGCAGAAGGAGCUUGAUGAUCCUCAGAUCAGUCUGCUGGAGCUCCCAGCUCUGAUUCGUCUCUCCGAGGAGGAAGUGAUGCGCCAGGCUCUCCGCUGCGUGUCUCUCUGCGAUCCUGGAGUUCACGUUUUCCUCCUCGUUGUUCCUGCUCCGCUCAAUAACGAGGACAAAGCAGAAAUGGAGGAGAUCCGGAAGAUCUUCAGCUCGAGAAUCAACAAGCACGUCUUGAUCCUCAUAAAGAGUUCAGAGCAUCAGGGAGAGGAACUCGGUGAAGAAACGCGGUCUGUCAUCCAGAGCUUUGGGGGACGAUAUUGUUUCAUUGGUCAAACGUCUAAACUGAUGGAGAAAAUCGAGCUGAUGCUGGAAGAAAACAGAGGAGAGCGUUUCUCCACAAAGACGUUUCUGGAGGCACAGGUGAAAAAACUGAUGGCGUAUAAAGAGAUGAAGAAGAAAAUCCACUCACUAGAGACGCGUUUACAUUUACUCUCAGAAGGUUCCAGAGGAAACGUGGAUGAUGAACUGAGGAUUGUGCUGCUGGGAAAAACUGGGGUUGGGAAAAGCGCAACCGCAAACACUAUAUUAGGAAGAAACACUUUUAUAGCAGAAGCGUCUUUCGAUUCGGUGACUAAAGAGAGUCAGAGAGAAUCGUCUCAAAUCAGCGGUCGACGAGUCACUGUGAUCGACACCCCGGGACUGUUUGAUACUGAACUGAGUAACGAGGAGAUCCAGAGAGAAAUCACCAACUGCAUCUCCAUGAUCCUGCCUGGACCGCAUGUGUUUCUCUUACUGAUACCGCUGGGACGAUUCACUAAACACGAGGAAACAUCUGUGAAGAUCAUCCAAGAGACGUUUGGUGAGAAAUCGUUGAUGUACACCAUGGUGCUCUUCACCAGAGGAGAUGAUCUGAAGAACAAAACCAUUGAGCAGUGUUUGGGGAAGCCUGGAUCUCCAUUGAUGAAGCUGAUCGAAGCGUGUGGAAACGGGUACCACGUGUUCAAUAAUAAUCAGACAGAAGACCGAACACAGGUGACUGAUCUGCUGGAGAAGAUAGACCACAUGGUGAAAGCAAACGGAGGGAGUUUCUACUCGUGUAAGAUGUUCAGAAAGAUGGAGAGAGAAAAACAAGAACAACAGGUGAAGAUCCUGAUGGACAGAGUGGAGCAACUGAACAGAGAAAACGGAGAACUGGUGAAAAAACAUAACGAAGAUAAAGAUAGAAUAAAGAUGAGGAUGGAAGAAGAACAACAGAAUCGGGAGAAAGAGAGAAAGAGAAGAGAGGAGGAACUGGAAAGAGAAAUACGAGAAAUACGAGAUGAGAUGAGACGAGAACGAGAGACGUUUAGACAUGAAAAACAGGAAAUGAGGGAAGAAAAAGAUAAAGUAAAGAAGGAAAGAGACGGGCUGAUGAACAAAAUAGAGAACGAAAAACAGAAUCACGAAAAAGAGAGAAGGAGAAGAGAAGAAGAGUUUAACGAAACAGAAGAACGUUACAAAACACAAAUAAAAGAGAAGGAAGGACUGAUGAAAACACAAGAAGAAGAGAAAGAGAGAACUGAUGAGGAGAGAAAGAGGGUAGAAGAGAAAUUCAGAAAGCUGGAAGAAAGAUAUCAAACACUCAUCAAAGAGAAAGAAGAGAGUGAGGAAAUCUCUUCAUCUAAACACGAAGAAGAAGAAAACAAGACUGAGAGAAUGAGGGGAGAAAAAAAAGAACUGGUGACGAAACUGGAAGAAGAUGAAAAGAGAAUGAAGAUGAUGAUGGAGAAAGAAAGAAGGGAUCAAGAAAAACAGAAACAAGAGGAAAGACCGAAAAGAGAAGAAGAGAAGAAGAAAAACGAAGGAACAGAAAAACAGGAAUCUAAACCUUACAAGAAAGUUCCCGAAAACGAUGAAGAGAGACGAGAUGCACACGAUGAUCAACAGACGGAUGUGAGGAUAGUUCUUCUGGGUCAAACUGGUGUCGGGAAAAGUGCGUCUGGAAACACAGUCCUGGGACAGAAAGUGUUCAGAUCUAAGAUGAGCUUGAAUGCGGUGACCAGUGAAUGUUCAGAAGCUCACGCCACUGUUUCGGGCCGAUCGGUGUCUGUAGUAGAUACUCCUGGAUUCUUCGACACACAGAUGAGGCCUGAGUUAGUGCCAAAAAUAGGGAAAAGUGUUUAUUUAUCCAGUCCUGGACCUCACGCUUUUCUCAUUGUGUUUCCUGUGAUCAUGAGAUUCACUGAUCAGGAGUUAGAGGUUCCUCAGCAGAUUGAGGUGAUGUUCGGAGAGGAGGUGUUAAAAUACUCCAUCGUUCUCUUCACUCAUGAAGAUCUGCUGGUUAGAGAGUCUGUAGAGGAACUCAUUGAAGAUAACUACAGAUUUAGACGUCUAGUAGAUCAGUGUGGAGGAAGAUAUCAGGUGUUCAACAAUAAAGAUCUGAAUAACAGAGAGCAGGUGUAUGAUCUGCUGCAGAAGAUUGACUCAAUGAUAAAGCAGAACGGAGGACGACACUACAGUAAUCAGAUGUUUGAAGAUGCUCAGAGAUUCAGACGAGAGGAAGAAGAGAGACUGAGAGAGGAACAAGAGAGAAAGAGAGAGGAAGAAGAAAGGAGACGACGACAAACCAAGUGUGUCUGUAGUUGACGAUUGUGCAUUCUUCGAACACGGUUAAUGACAGAGAUCCUGAAAGAUCCUGGAUCUCGUGCUUUUCUUGUGUUUAACGCGUUUAAUAGAUUCACUGAUCAAGAGGAGUUUCAGUGUCGAAGAAAUUUCCAAAUACAUUCUAUUUACUAGAUUUGCCAAAAGAAAACCCUCCAAAAAAAGCACAGGUUAGUUGAUCUAGUUGAUGGAGGUAGAGUUCACAUUUCAGUUGAUUAAUGAUUAUUCCGUGUCAUUUGUAUCAAAUGAUGCCUGGUUUAUCAAUUUAUCCACUUGCUUUGUUUCUACUAGCUAUUGUUUGUCAUUGCACCCUUUUAGUGCUACUCUUUUUUUGUUGCAUGUACAUUGUGAAAUUUCAUUGAGCCCUGGAAAGGUGCUAUAAAUAAAGCUCUUUUGAAGAUG